AUGUAUUCAGUAAUUCUUCCUUUGGGAGCCUUAGUGGCUGCCGUCUUGUACCUCAUAGUCUACCCCUUGGUCGAAUAUUUCCGCGACCCCAAGAGACUACGCCGCUACCCUGCCUUCAAACCCCUGGCGGGGAUAACCAACCUGGUUUUCAUGCGCGAAGCUUCUUUAGGCUUUCGCUCAAAAACUCUCUACGAAAAGCACAAGAAGCAUCCCGUAUUGCGCAUCGGACCUAAUUCGCUCUCUUACGGUUCAGUUGAUGCCAUCAAGGACAUUUACGGUCACGGUUCCAAGUGCCUCAAAGGAGAAUUUUACGAGACACUUGCCGGCACACAUUUCCAUCUUGCUGAUGUCGUCGAUAAAGCGGAUCAUGCUCGAAAGCGCAAGGUCUUAUCAGCGGCAUACGCCCUUAAGAACUUGGAGAACUGGGAACACAAAGUCGCGGAUAAGGUCGAACGCUUCGUUCGAGGAGCCGACAAGGCGUGUACCAAGCCCCUGGCUGAGGGUUUUCGCCCAGAGACCGACGAUCUCUCAUUCGACUACCGCGCCUGGUCAAACUUCUUCAGCCUCGAUGCCAUUGCUGACAUUGGCUUGAGCGAACGUCUAGGCUUCCUGGACCAAGGGCAUGAUCUUGUUCGCGCGGAGCGUAUGGACGGAUCCAUCCAUGAAGUAAAUUUUCGAGCUUGCCUUCACUCAACGGCCCUUGCUCAGUCUAUCACUGCGUGGUCUGGUGAAUGGUAUAACUUCAACCGCCGUCUGACAUCCCUUCUUUCGCCCACCUUUCGCAAGUGGUGGAACCUCAACAAGGGCUGGGAUGGCAUUGUCUAUCACAGGGCUACCCAGCGGCUGAAGCGCUACCAAGCGGGGGAGAAGUUGUCAGACUUCUUCCAGGCUCUGAUGGAAGACAAGAACGGCACCCCGAACGGCCUUGAAUGGGGUGAAAUCGUUGCCGAAGUGUCCAUCAUGAUGAAUGCUGGUUCCGACACGACAGCAAUUGCGAUGAAUAAUGUCAUGUUCUGGCUGCUAAAGAACCCGCAAUGCAUGAAGAAGCUCAGAGAAGAAAUCGACUCGGUCAUGGAGCCCGACGAAGUUGUGGCGCCUUAUGACAAAGUCAAACACCUUCCGUAUUUGAGAGCUUGUCUCGACGAGUCUCUCAGAAUCGUUCCGCCCACGUCAUUUGGUCUUCCUCGUCGAACUCCACCCGAGGGCGCGUAUGUCCUUGGGGACUUCAUCCCUGGGGAUACCACGGUGUCUAUCUCGGCGUACAUAGUCCAUAGAGAUCCCAAAAUCUUUCCUGAGCCCGAGUCGUACAUCCCUGAACGUUGGUUGGGAGAAGAGGGCAAGAAGCUGCAGCCUUACUUUGUCAGUUUCAGCGCAGGAGCACGGGGAUGCAUUGGGAGAAACAUUAGCUACCUAGAACAAACAGUUCUGCUGGCAAGUGUGCUACAUAGAUAUGAAUUUGCUCUUCCUUACCCUGAAUGGGAGCCUGACAGGAGGGAGGCGAUGAACUGUAUGCCAAGUGCAAUGCCUCUUAAGGUGUGGCGCAGAGAGUUGGGACAAGAUGACUGA